AUGGACUCGUCCAAAAGAGAUGACGAUAAUCACGACACCAAGUCCGUCACCCAAACCACACCUAUCAACGCCUCCGGUCACGUCCAGGAGCUACCUCAAAACUUCACCCUCCUCUCCCUUGCAGGCGUCGGUCUCGUCGUCGGCAAUGUCUGGCCCGCGAUUGGCGGCUCCAUCCUUGUCGCUAUCUUCAACGGCGGCCCGCCUGGUGUCUUAUACGAAUUCAUCGCCGUGUCCAUCUUUUACUGGACCGUAGCCGCCAGUGUCGCAGAACUCGCAAGUGCGAUCCCUUCAUCCGCUGGCGUAUAUCACUGGGCGUCUGUUACCCCAGGUCCACGAUGGGGACGCGUUCUAGGAUUUUACGCGGGGUGGUGGAAUUAUCUCGCUUGGUGUCUCGGAUGCGCUAGUAUGUCGAGUAUCCUUGCGAACACGCUCGUGCAGAUGUAUGCUUUGAACCAUGAUGGGUUCGUGGCUGAGUCGUGGCAUGUGUUCAUCACGUAUAUCAUCACGACCUGGCUUUCGUGUGCAGCAGUUUGUUUGUGGAAUAGUGCCAUGCCAGCUUUGAACAAAUUCGGUGUUUUCAUUAUCCUCGCUGGCUUCAUCAUCACAGUCAUCACAGUCACGGCUAUGCCUGGUACUGGAGGUCGUCCGCCGCAUGCGAGCUCGGCAUUUGUGUGGAAAGACUGGACAGCUGAUAUUGGAUAUCCGGAUGGCUUUGUCUUCGUGGCGGGUAUGCUCAAUGGCGCGUAUAGUGUUGGAUCAGUCCAUGCUACAACGCAGUUAGCUGAGGAGAUCCCCAACCCCAGCCGCAAUGUUCCCAUUGCCAUUCUGUUUCAAGUGGCGACUGGCUUUAUCACUGGACUUUGCUAUCUCAUCGCCAUCAUGUACGCCAUCAACGACUACGACGCGCUUUUCGAAUCUGCGUAUCCCAUUGCCGAGAUUUAUCGUCAAGCAACUGGCUCUGCGGCUGGUGCUACGGGCUUGUUGUCAUUGGUUAUGAUUUGCAUUGCCUUGACAGUCGUCGGACUAUACAUCACUUGCGGACGAACGCUCUGGGCUCUUGCCCGUGAUGGCGCGACUCCUUUCCCGGCAGUAUUCGGCCAUGUCCAAGAAUCUCUUGACAUGCCUCUCUGGUCCACCAUCGCCACGGCGGUUUUGGUAUCUGUCCUAGGUGCCAUUUACGUAGGAAGCACAACAGCUUUCAAUGCCUUUGUGGGAACAUUUAUCCUGCUCUGCAGUUGUUCAUUCCUUUGUUGCAUCCUGCCUAACCUACUCAGCGGACGCAAGAAUAUCACAUACGGACCUUUUAGAAUGCAUGGGAUUUGGGGCUUUAUUGUCAACGGUAUUGCUUGUGCUUAUCUUCUUAUCUGGAGUGUCAUCUACUGCUUUCCUUAUUCCUUGCCCACCACACCACAGAGUAUGAAUUACACAUGCGUGAUUUGGGGAGGUUUGACAUUUUUAGUUAGUGUUUGGUGGUUUGCGAGUGCAAGGAAAGGAUACAAGGGGCCUACGACGACGGGAAGUGUUGUUUCUGGGGUAGCUGUUGGUUCAGCCUGA